UUUUUUUUCUACUGAGAUUUAAUAGAAUUUUAUUUGUGUUACUUCCUCGUCAAACUGUAUUGUAUCAAUUUGUAAUUUUCAUAAUAAUGUAGUUGACUAUUAGAUAUCUAAUAGUCUAAGUUGCUAGAUCUAGAUCUAGGUCCAACAGUGAUUAGACCAACAUUUUUGAUAAUAAAGUUUUCAAAUAUGGAACGGCAAAAAUUAAAAAUACUAUUUUAAAAAUCAAUCAUAACAGACAGGUGUGAGUCAUGCUACAGCAAUGAUGUCCUUAAAGAAUCUAUGGCGCAGGAGCAUGGGCUCCGGUGAGGUGUACAGACCACCAGAGAAGGACGAGCAUAUGGUGGCAUGUGACACCCUUAUGUCUGAGUUAGACUUCCAUAUUAAAGAACUGGAUAGAUUUCGUCAUGAUCAGGAACAGGAGGAACGCAGACUGAAAACAGGUGUUGAUUACAGCUGGUUGAUGGAGUCCCACCCUCGGCUGUAUGAGAUCCCUCAGAUGGAGAGGCUGGAACUGGAGGAACUCUGCUACAAAGUCAACGGACCAGAGUGCACGCAGAUCAUCACCCUCUUCAGGGACGCUGUCUCCCACGACCCCCGGGUGGAAGACCUGGCGUACAUACUGAGGUCCUGCGUAAGGAAAGUUCUGGACGAGAGACCAACCCAUGAAACAUUGACUGAGUGGGUCACGAGGCGCACCCAGAGCAUUGCAAGCUUCUCUGCUUUCUCUGGGCUCAGGCUAAAGCCCUCUGGUAAAGUGGUGCCUUCUAUUGAGGUUGAGGACAUUGAGAUGCAGAAUAAUGAAAUGCAGGAGAGAAAAACUAGAGCCAUGAGUAUGCCAAGCUUUUCUAUCAGUAAAGACAAUGAACCUUUCUCUGUUUGAAAACAAAUGUUUUCUUUAAUUUUCGACAUGAAAGAAAAUGUUUACUAACGCAGAGUCUAUAUAGUGUUUGCUAAAUCUUGUGAAAAAGCUGCCAAAUUUGUUUAUUUACUUAUACAAACUGCAGGUAUUUUAUAUUAAAUUUUCAAAAUGGGUGUUUGUGUAAUGUACUAAUUUUCAAAAGAUUUUUUUAAGUUAUUGCAGUAUUGAUAGAUUAUUUAAAUUUAUUGAACCUGUAUGCUUAUUUUGUUUUACUUUUUUCAAAUAUUUAUUCUAUAUAUUAAUCUUGUUGUUUAGCUCAAUGUGCAUUCACUGCCAAUGGAAUAUUUAUGCAUUUAAUAAAAGAUUUUCAUCUGGACAUAAUGUGACUUGCCCUUAGAGUGAUAUAAUUUUCAUACAAUUUUUAUUUUUUUCUUGUUACUUUUUCAUAAUAUCAUAUUUCCUGCAUUCCAAAAUCUGCAUAAUUCAUCAUACAAUUUUGUUUUUAUAGUUAAAUACAGAGAUGUAACUUUUAUGUAUGGCUAAUAAAUAUAGAACAUGGAAAAUGUUCUUUACAAUUUUAAGUUGUAGAGAAUGUUUUGUUUGCUUAAGGUAUAUAAAAUGUAAUGUUUGAGGAAAAUUAAACCAUUAUGUGUUCAAAUAACCAUAAAAUAUCAUUAUUCAUUUAAUAAUCUUGCAUUAGCCUAAUUAAUGUAUUAUUGUAAUUUAUUUAGUUAGAUCUUCAAUUAAAAUUGUUUUAAAUUUUGUACUGUAAUUUUACUUCACACUUAGCAAAACUGCAUUUAUUUUAAAAUAAUAUUUACACAUUGUUUUAAUUUUUACAGAUUUUCUGUUCUUACAGUAAAUUUUAUUUUUUACUGUGAUAAUUACAAUAAACAUUUUAUAAUCAA